CGUCACGGGUAGGGGUCUGAGAAGCUAGGAACCGACUACCGACACACGUGAUUCGUAGCGUUUCCAUGUUGUACUUUGUGCUGUUCGUGAGUGGUUAUUUGAUCUAUACUCAGUUACGAUGCCCCGAAGGUGUUGUAUGCCGAAUUGCAGGGGCAAUUACGAUAAUGGACCUAAAGUCAGUGUAUUUUAUUUUCCAUCUGACGAGAAUUUAAGACGAAAAUGGUUAUCGACUGUUCACAGACAAGACUGGACACCGAGUAAGCACUCUGUUAUAUGUGAACUGCAUUUCAACAAGGACGACAUUUUAAGCAGUACCAGUAUGUAUGACCCGAAAACUGGUAUACUCUUGACAGCACCGUUGGAUCGUCGACGCUUGAGAAAAGAUGCUAUCCCAUCGAAGUUGCCUGGAUGCCCAUCUUACUUGUCGAGUCAUCAAACUGCAGUACGAGAGGACCCAGAAAUUCGUAGGGGGCGUUUAGAAAAUCGUGCUCUUCAAAUUGCUAUCCAAGAAAGUGUGGACACACAUGCGAAAAUGAUUGAUGCGAUAUCGUUCGAUAGUUUAGAACAAAUGAAAACAAAGUUGAGUGAAUGUGAAAAGCACAGUGACUGGGUAGUGAUAAACAAAUCUGACAGUGUGAGACUAGUGUUACUAAAGCAUAAUCCUUACCCAAGAAUUUUUUGCCACGUAGUUAUAAGCAGUGGUUUAUUACUCAGUGUCUUCAAUAAUGAUAUUGAAGUGAAAUGUAUUGGAAACAUGAAAUUUCCCAUGAAAGUAAACAACAUACAGGUGGUAAGUGAUGUUCUUAAGAACAUUUAUCUUCUGUAUAAUAGUUCUGAGGCUCCUGUAGAUAACAUUUUGUCUUUAAUUGACCAAUUAUUGCAAAAUUUAUUAGAAAAGUUGCCAGGAAACGAAACUAAAAUUACAUUUUUGAAGGAACAGAUUUCAUUUUUGAAGUGCAGAAGUUCAACUAAAUUGAGGUAUGAUACUAACUCUAUGAUAAUGUGGUCAUUAGUACAUUCUAUAAGCCCACAUGCUUACAAAUUUUUGAGGAACACUGACAGUUUUUCUAUGCCUAGUCCUAACACCCUUUCAAGGCUUUGUAGUAAACUCUCAACAAAUCCUGUCAUUGAGCAACAGGGUCAUCAGUUUAUGAGCUACAUCACAAAUAAAGUAGGUACUUUACCCUCAGAUGAUAAAACUGUGCUCCUGUUGAUGGAUGAAAUUCAUCAUAAGUCUCAGCUUGAUUACAAAGCUGGAAAUGUUGUGGAUGUGCCUUUAACACUGAAAAAUUUUUGUGUGCAACCAGCGCCUAUGUUUUUAUGGUUCAGAGCAUGGAAUCACCUUACAAGGAUGUGGUAUCUAUUCUGCCAGUUCAUACUAUUCAGGGUGAUGUUCUGUUCUCUUACAUUAAAGCAGUCAUUGUUAAAUUAGAAGCAGUUGGAUUUGAGGUGGUUGUUAUAGUAGCAGACAAUAAUGCAAUUAAUAAGAAAGCAAUGUCUAAGUUUUCUACUCCUCCAGAUGUGCUUCAGUGACAGUUUGAAGGGAGGUUUGUCUUCUGUUGGAGCACUGAAAGAAUUGCACUUGAUAGAAAAAGAUGAACUAUUGCAAUAUGGCAGUUCCUUAACUUUGAAGUCUCUAUUUCCUAACUCAAUUGAGCGCCAAAAUGUCAAGUUAGUGUUGCGUAUUUUCAGUGAUACAGUUGUUGCUUUGGACACAUUUGGUUCAAAGAAAGCAAUUAGCAACUGGGAAAGUACUGCAACAUUCAUAAAAAUAAUAAAUCGUUGGUGGGAUAUUGUAAAUGUAAAAACAUUACUCAAGGGACAGAGGUUAAGAAAUAUUUUCCAAGAACCUGUGACUAGUAAAUCCCAUCACAUACAAGAAUUCUUACAGUGCUUCAUCUCAUGGUUAUGUUCUUGGGAAGAGUGUAGUGAUGAAAGAAAACUUACUCGAGAGACACAUAGCGCUUUGAAACACACAACUGCUGCUUUGAUAGACUUCAGUGACUACUGGCUAUCUGAGAAAAACAGAUCAUAUUUGCUGUUAGGAAAAGUACAGACAGACAGUUUAGAAGACAGGUUCGGCAAAUACCGCCAGCUAUGUGGGGGAAAUUAUCAUGUUUCUCUAAGCAAGUUUUUGAAACUGAACAAAAACUAAGGGCACAGUCUAUGUUUUCCCUUGUGCUUCGGUCGAAAGUAGUUGGGGAUGUUGUUAUUAAGACCACUGAUAUUUUUUCUACUCAUACUGAAAUUCAGGGAUUAAAAGAAACAUCAAUACCAGAAUUUUUAAAUGUAGCAGUAGAUGAAAAUGAUGUUGAUGGAAUAGAUGAGAAUACUUGGCCACUGUUGCAUUACAUAGCAGGUUACUGCUCACACCAAGCUAUUAAAAAAAAAACAUUGUGAAUAUUGUAAGGUAUUCCUUACUACAGAUGAAAUGAAGCAGGGUGGUGGUGAUUUGAUUAUGGUAAAAGACAGAGGAGGGUUGACAUAUCCUGCAGAUGAUGUAGUAGUGUGUGUGACAUAUGUCUAUUUAACUCUACAGAAAAUUCUGAAAGACCAGGAAAUUUUAUUUUUAGAACAGGCAAAUCAGAGAAAUGUACUUGUGAAGGUAGCAUCCCACAACAUUCCCAGCAAUCUUUUUUAUGGGUUUCACUGUAAAAAUAAACACUCAAUUGAUUCAGUCAUGAAUUGCAUACUGUUUUGCUGUGCAAAUAUUUUGCUAAACAAUUACACCAAGAGGAGAAAUGAUGUAACUACUGUUAAAAAUGUAACUGUGUACAAAAGAUUGAAAAAAUGUUAAAUUAUACUGUUUGGGGCUUGGGAAGAUGAUGUGAAAUAAAUGUUUAUUUCUA